ACUGUAGCCUGCUGAUCGUUUACUGCUCCCCGGUGAGAGAAACCCUGAGCUCAACCUGCCCGGUACACCGCCCCCAGCAUGGUCAUACUAUACAAGCCGCAUGUUCAUCACAAGUGCUGCUUGGACUCCGACAACCAUCUGACGUCCACUGCACUGUUUGCAGAAUAAAGGCCAGUUUGCUACGCGCGCACACUCGGAUUUGCAACAAAAACAUAAACCGGGGACGUUUUCUUCGGCACGCCAGGAGAGUUGGAGAUCCGCAGGUAAUUGCAGUGCUGCUCCGACGUUUGGUCGACAUGCUGGGGAUCUGCGUGUGUCUUUGUGCGGUUUUCACACAUGUCCUCUCUCAGGAGGCUGAGGAGCCCGUCUUCUACACAUGCACAGAAGGGUAUGAGUAUGACAGAGUCAGAGAGCAGUGCAGAGACAUCGACGAGUGUGCUUUGUUAGACGAUGCCUGCAAAGGAGGGAUGCAGUGUAUCAACCACUUUGGUGGAUACCUCUGCCUCCCCAAGAGCGCCGUCAUCUAUAUCAGUAAGGACGGCGAGCAGGUGCCGCUGCCUGACCCUGUCCCUGCUGUCCCUGCUGUCCCUGCUAUCCCUGCUGUCCCUGCUGUCCCUGCUGUCCCACCAAGCCAGCCUCUACCCCCACAGUCUUCAGGCACCCAGGGGGGCUCUCAGCCCAGCCGGACCAUCCGCUGUGCACCAGGAUACACUGCAGAUGAGCAGAACCUCUGCAGAGACGUAGAUGAAUGUGCGACAGGCAUACACACUUGUGGCCCUGAACAGACGUGCUACAACACCAGAGGCUCCUACACCUGCCAGUGUCCUCAAGGCUACCAGAAGAAUGGCGACCACUGUUUAGACAGAGACGAAUGCGCCCUGACCCACUACUGCAUGCACAGAUGUGUGAACACACAGGGCUCAUACUACUGUGAGUGCAACGCAGGUCACAAGUUGGCCAGCAACAACCACAGCUGUGUUGAUGUGAACGAAUGUGAUGUGGAGAAUCCAUGUCAGCACCACUGCUACAACCUUAUUGGCUCCUUCCUCUGCCAGUGUGACCAGGGCUACGAGCUGGCACAAGACACGGCCUCCUGCCAAGACAUUGAUGAAUGCAGCUUCUCCAGCUACAUGUGUCAGUACCAGUGUAUCAACAGCCCAGGAAGUUACUCGUGUGAGUGUCCAGAUGGAUAUCAGCUCCAGGGAAACAGGGUGUGUCAAGACAUAAAUGAGUGUGAGACGGGGGCCCAUAACUGCCAAGACGAUGAAAUGUGCUGGAACUAUUACGGAGGAUUCCGCUGCUAUCCCAGAAACCCCUGCGAGGCGCCUUAUGCCAAAACUGCUGAAAAUCGCUGUAUCUGCCGCUCUCAAGCCGAGUGCCAGGGUCUCCCACCUUCAAUAGUCUACAAAUACAUGAGCAUCCAGGCAGACCGGACGGUGCCAGCAGACGUCUUCCAGAUUCAGGCCACCAACAUGUACACAAACACACACAACACCUUCAGGAUCAAAGCGGGAAAUGAGGCAGGAGAAUUCUUCCUGCGGCGUUCCAGCAAUGUGAGUGCCAUGCUGGUGCUAACCAAGCCUCUGACAGGCCCCAGGGAGUACGUGGUGGACCUGGAGAUGGUCACUCACCAUCUGACCAUGAACUACCGCUCCAACUCACUGCUGCGGCUCACCAUCAUAGUCGGGCCGCACGCCUUCUGAGCACCGCAAUCCCCAGCUGCCCACAUAAGUCUGGUUCAGCAAACAUAGCAGUGUAACACAGCAGAUGUCUGUAUCAGCAUAACAUACAUUUUCAUACAAUACAACAUAUAACAUAGGCUGCCCCAGACUCGUACAGCAGCGCUGCAGUUCCAAUAGGCUUGCUCAUGACAGACCUGCCCACGCUGUAGUGUGACCACUGGGCAUCUUUUUCUCUCAAGGUGCUGGGAAGCAUUGUUAUGAAGGCUUUUAGUGUCCUGAGGAAUCAAGCAACAACAGCACUUAACAAUUAACAUAUUUUUCAUCUUUAAAGUUGAAACAUUUUUGACUUUAAGUGCCGGAUGUGGACAUAAGAAAGAUAAGAAAGAUGCUGGAUGUUACUUUUUUUUUUUUACUUCCGCUGCUUCCAUACUAAAAAACUAUUGGGAACAGAGCAGUGACUCUCAGGAAAAGAGGCCUAGUGGACACACAUCGCAACUGUGAUGAAUUUUUGAUGCAGCUGUACCUACAUUUAUCACUUUGUUUCAGACCAGAACUGCUUACAAUAACCUGUGUGUGCAUCAGUGAAGCGCUAUGUUGUAAGAAAGAGAGAACAAUCAUAUUUUCUAUAUUAACGUACAUGGCAAAUAUCCAAUAUGAGCAGCUUUUGAUGCAAAACUAAUUGACAGAACUUGUAAAUCACAGCUUUUGUUGAUACAUGUAGUAGGGGUUAGUGUUGCUGCGCCACGCUGUUCGUGCAAGUUUCUGUAUAGAUUGACUCAUGAGUAAUAAUUUCCAGAAAAGUCCAGAACAGUUCAGAAGUGUAAAGGGAGGGAAUUUGCCUGUUAGUUGACAGAGUACUAAACUUUGCAUGACAACAGGCUUGAUGCUUGUAGACUUUACUCACAGGAGUUAAGUCAUGUACAUACUGAGGUAACAAAUCUGUGUGUGUGCGUGUGCGUGUGUGUGUGUGUGUGUGUGUGUGUGUGUGUGUGUGUGUGUGUGUGUGUGUGUGUGCCUGGCUUUGCGUAUGCAUGCAAGCAAGUGAAAGUGUGAAACACAGAGGGAGAGAAAGGGAAAGAGUGAGAAAGAGCUUGUUCUCUGCCCCCAGGUUCGGUGGAUGUGGUUGAGCUGUUUAUGUGUUUCUGUGAUGCCAGCAUCGCAGCCCUCAGUCACAGAGGCAAUAACAGAGAUUUUUUUUUAACUCGAGAACACGCACAGGAAAUGACGGCUUUCACAACACACCUCAGCCAAAUCGACCGCUCACUGGUGCCACGGCUAUUCUCCAGAGGAACAGCUGAGCUUUCUAAUGUCGGUCCCAGUCAAGAAGUCACACACUGGCACCAGGCUGGCUUGCGUGAUAAACAUAAUUGCAGUGCUUUGCCCUGUAGCUGUUUCAUGUGUGACACAGGAGAUUAUUAAAGUGUUAAUACAAUGCCACCACAGUUUUGGCUGAAUGAGAAAUCUUUCACUACCUGCUUUGCCUUUCGUGACUCCGCGGGUCUGCUCUGGCUUAUUGCUGAAACACUGAACACUGUAGAAACACAGCACUGAAAACCAACAUGCUGUCACCACUUCAUGUGUAGAAAGUGAUCCAUCUUUUAUGUGGUUUCAGCAGCGAUCAUGCCACAGUGCCUUAGAGCUAUAAACAAUAUAACACUAAUCUUAUUAUUCAUGCUGUCAAGGCUCCCUUCAUUGAAAUGCCUUAAUGUUUUUCUCUUCUAUUUAAAAUAUAUUUUGUCAUAUGUAUCUUAUAUUGAUUGUACUCUGAAGAGCAAAAAGUUAUAUUGUUGAAUAAAAUAUGAUGGAUAAAUGGGG